CCUCCAAACUUUGUGUUACUGAAACACAAAAACAAGCGAUAAAAAAUGUGGGACUAUGUUAAAGUGAGAGUACUAGCUUUCCUAGUCCUAGUGGUCGGUGUAUCCUCCGAUUGCCUUAGAUUGAACUGGGGUUCCAUCUCCGCUAAACCAGGGUUAUCUGAAUGUAACCGUACGAGCGACUACCUCUCAGGCCUGUGCCGGAGCAAUGACGUGAAGCUGAACGAGUACAUCGACAACCUGGAGCACGUCCAGUGUUGCUCUAAGCUGGAGCAGUGGAAAGAAGGUGGAGAUUACGUCAGCUGGCCGGCGCCGGGUAAUGCCUGGUCCUGGGCUUUAUGCCCGGUCGGGUAUUUCAUUACUGGACUGUACAGGAUAAACGAUCAUCCGAAUCUCAGCAGUCUGGGAGCAGGACGAUGCCAUAAGCCUCAGAACCACCCAGCUAGUUAUGGUUAUUGUUACGAUAAGCUAAUCCGGUACUGCAAUCAGCAACCAGGAUGCUGUAAAUGCGACGAUGAGUUUUACCUGGUCGGGUUGUACCGCUGUGGAGAGCAACACUGCGUAGAAAAGGUGCGCUGUUGUACAAUGGCCAGGACAACGGUGGUCGACGUGCACGCGAACUGCCAAGAUGUCAUCUGGGCUGAUAGCUUUAAAAUCGGAGGGUGGACGCAAUGUAAACGUCCUGGCGACCUCAUCACUGGUAUAUGCCUGAGUGUGUUUAUAGGGAGAUACGAUUAUAACGACAACGUUGAAAAUGUCGAGUGCUGCUCGAAACCAGACCGAUGGAGAAACGGCACCGAUUCCGUUAGUGUAAACUGGCGGAAAACUUUGGACAAGAUCAACACCUGGUCUCUUUGUCCGGCUGGUUAUUUCCUAAGCGGCCUCUACAGAUCAAAAGGUAACUGGAGUCCCGACUACAUCGACCAAGCCCAGUGCCACAAGCCGCUGAACCACCCCGCCAGCUACGGUUACUGUUACGAUCUAGACAUCACCGGGUGUUUGAAGCAGGCAAGCUGCUGUCGUUGUUUCACCGGGACCUACGCUGUGGGCGUGUAUCGGGUUGGGUGUAAUGAUCUGCGCUGCUUGACCAAGCUUCGGUGCUGCAGGAUGGCAGAUAAGCCAUGAGAUAAGCCAUGAUCACAAACGCUUAUACCCGAAGGCACAGAAAGUAACUUCAUGAUUUAAAAAAAAAAUCAAUAUUCUCACUUGGAAACCAUUC